AUGGCUAAGCCUAAAGGAGAGAGGAAAGGCAAGUCGGCUAUAAAUGAAGUUGUGACCCGUGAAUACACUGUUAACUUACAUAAAAGACUUCAUGGAGUUGGAUUUAAAAGACGGGCACCUCGUGCUAUCAAGGAGAUCCGAAAGUUCGCAGAAGUACAAAUGGGAACUCCAGAUGUACGAGUAGACACAAGAUUGAACAAAUAUUUGUGGUCUAAGGGUGUAAAGAAUGUCCCCUUCAGAGUUCGAGUAAGAUUAUCACGCAGACGUAAUGAUGAUGAGGACUCAGCCCACAAGCUGUUUACACUGGUUACAUAUGUUCCAGUCGCGUCUAUCAAGGGUUUACAAACUGAAAAUGUGGAUGCUAGCCAAGAAUAA